GCCGCCGGGCCCCGCUCCCGGCCCUCAUUCUUUCUCCCCGCCGCCCGGCUCGCGGGCCCGAGAGCAGGAACACGGUUACCUAGAAGAGCCCAGCUGCGCUCGGGAGGAGGACGUGGAGGGACGGACCUGGGACAGGAGCACCUGGAGGAAGAAUACCGAUGGAUGUUCCCCGCCCUUUGUAGAGCGCUCGAGAAUCCUGGGCAAGUGACGUGUCCUCCUGACCGUGAGGCCGAGCUGUUUCAGAUGCAGCUGAGGGCAAUGCAGGCCAUCAAGAAGGAGCAGGCCCCCCUGGAUCCCGGGAGCGGGGUGGACAAGGUGGGGGCGCUUCAUCCGGCCUUGGCCGAGGUCUCCGAAGACUUGACGGCGGGAGAGGACCUGCUCCUGAGCGAAGGCAGCGUGGGGAAGAACAAGUCCUCGGCCUGCCGUCGCAAGCGGGAGUUCAUUCCCGACGAGAAGAAGGAUGCCAUGUACUGGGAAAAGCGGCGGAAAAACAACGAGGCUGCCAAGAGGUCGCGGGAGAAGCGUCGACUCAACGACCUGGUUUUGGAGAACAAACUCAUCGCCCUGGGGGAAGAGAACGCCACUUUGAAAGCCGAACUGCUUUCCCUGAAAUUAAAGUUUGGUUUAAUUAGCUCCACGGCGUACGCCCAAGAGAUCCAGAAACUCAGCAAUUCGACGGCCGUGUACUUUCAGGACUACCCGGCGCCCACACCCAGCGCCAGCGCCUUCGUGGACGAGCGGGAGCCCGCGGCCGUGGCCAGCAGCUGCAUCUCGGUCAUCAAGCACUCUCCGCAGAGCUGCCUGUCCGACGGCUCCGAGGGCUCUUCGCUGGAGCCUGCGCAGGAGGGCCCUGUGCAGAGUGGCUGCAGGAGCCCCGAGGGCAAGUUCCAGGUCAUCAAGCAGGAGCCGGUGGAACUAGAGGGCUAUGCCAGGGAGCCGAGGGAUGACCGAGGCGCCUACCGGGCCUCCGUGUACCAGAACUACGUGGGCGGUUCUUUCCCUGGCUACUCGCACUCCCCGCCUCUGCUGCAGGUCAGCCGGUCCUCCAGUAACUCCCCACGAACGUCGGAAGCUGACGACAGCGCAGUAGGAAAGUCAUCGGAUGGAGAAGAUGAGCAGCAGGUCCCCAAGGGCCCAAUCCACUCUCCCGUCGAACUCCAGCACGGACUUGCCACCGUGGUUAAAGUCCCAGAAGUGAAUUCCUCUGCUCUGCCGCACAAGCUGCGGAUUAAAGCUAAAGCCAUGCAGAUCAAAGUCGAGGCGUUCGAUAAUGAAUUUGACGCCACGCAAAAACUCCCCUCGCCCGUGGACAUGACGUCCAAGAGACAUUUGGAACUGGAGAAGCACAGUGCCCCGAGUGUGGUUCAUUCUGCCCUCACUCCCUUCUCAGUGCAGGUGACCAACAUCCAAGACUGGUCCCUCAGACCGGAACACUGGCACCAGAAAGAACUGAACGGCAACACUCAGCAUAGUUUCAAAGCUGGAGUGGUUGACGUGAAAGACAAUGGGUACAAAGUGUCCGACCCAGAGAAUUUGUUUUUGAAGCAAGGGAUAGCAAACUUAUCCACAGAGGUGGUCUCGCUGAAGAGACUUAUAGCCACACACCAAAUCUCCGCUUCCGACUCGGGGUGAAUUACUACUGAACGGCUCUGGGCUUUCAGAGGCGUCGCCGGCAAUAGACGUGUACAUUUUGGAUGAGGCUGAGUUCUUACUGGACCUGUGAUGUCAUUCCACUGUAAUGUUCUCACGUUGUCUGUCGGGUGUCUUUCUGUGCACAGAUUAUUACGAAGAUUAGAUUGUGCUAUCACUCUGCCUUGUGUAUAGUCAGAUAGUCCACGCAAAGACUGUAUAUACCGAACCUUAUUUUUGUUGUUCUAUUAUAAAGUGUGUAAGUUGCCAGUUUCAAUAAAGGGUUGGUGACAAACACGGAAUUCCUGCUCCAAUGCACUUGAUUUUAGGGUGGAGAAACGGCAAUUUAGAGAUUCAGGUAUUGUGCGUUAUUUUUGUUUGUCUUUUAUUCCUCACCCAAGGAUAUUUUUCUAUUUAUCAUUACGUAGAGUGGGAGGGAGGGAGAGAGACAGAGAGAAACGUCGAUGUGGUAGAGCCACAUUGACUGGUUUCCUCCUGCACAACCUCACCAGGGCCUGGACGAACCACUACCGAGGUCCGUGCCCUUGACCUAAUCGAACCUGUGACUCGUUGGUCCAUGGGCCAAUACCCUGACCAUGAGCAACACCAGCCAGGGCAGUGUUAUGCGUUUUACUUCUUAAGGGGGGUUUUCUCCCCUGAGUUAGGAGAA